CGGACCUGCGAGCGAGCGAGCCUAGCUGCCCCGGGAGGCGGCUGGGAGAGCGGGCGGCCGGGCAGAGCGGCGGACCGGGACGGACCCUGGCCCAGCCCCGCGCCGGGGCUCGGGGGCGGGGGCAGCUGCGGCCCCGAGGCCGCCCGGGAUUCGCCCGAGAGCCGCUGACCGAGCGUCCACGCCCGCGGCCCGUCCCCGGCCCGGGCCCCCAGGCCCGCCCGCGAUCCCGAUGAAAAAUCGGGUCCGCGCGCCCAUGGCGGUGGCGAUGCCGUGCAAGAGCGCCGAGUGGCUGCAGGAGGAGCUCGAGUCCGGCGGCGGCGCGUCCCUGCUGCUGCUGGACUGCCGGCCGCACGAGCUCUUCGAGUCGUCCCACAUCGAGACGGCCAUCAACCUGGCCAUCCCCGGCCUGAUGCUGCGCCGCCUCAAGAAGGGCAACCUGCCCAUCCGCUCCAUCAUCCCCAACCACGAGGACAAGGAGCGCUUCGCCAAGCGCUGCAAGGCGGCCACCGUGCUGCUCUACGACGAGGCCACGGCCGACUGGCAGGCGGAGCCCGGCGCGCCCAGCUCCGUGCUCGGCCUCCUGCUGCAGAAGCUGCGCGACGACGGCUGCCAGGCCUAUUACCUCAAAGGUGGCUUCAACAAGUUCCAGACGGAGUACUCGGAGCACUGUGAGACCAGCCUGGACAGCUCUUCCCCCAGCAACUCGCCCCCGGCCUCGGUGCUGGGCCUGGGCGGCCUGCGCAUCAGCUCCGACUGCUCGGACGGGGAGUCGGACCGCGAGCCCGGCAGCGCCACCGAGUCGGACGGCAGCCCCCUGCCCUCCAGCCAGCCGGCCUUCCCUGUGCAGAUCCUGCCCUACCUCUACCUGGGCUGCGCCAAGGACUCCACCAACCUGGACGUCCUGGGCAAGUACGGCAUCAAGUACAUCCUGAACGUGACGCCCAACCUGCCCAACAUGUUCGAGCACGGCGGCGAGUUCAAGUACAAGCAGAUCCCCAUCUCCGACCACUGGAGCCAGAACCUCUCCCAGUUCUUCCCUGAAGCCAUCACCUUCAUCGACGAGGCUCGCUCCAACAAGUGCGGGAUCCUGGUGCACUGUCUGGCGGGCAUCAGCCGCUCGGUCACCGUCACCGUGGCUUACCUGAUGCAGAAACUGAACCUGUCCCUGAACGACGCCUACGACUUUGUGAAGAGGAAAAAGUCCAACAUCUCCCCCAACUUCAACUUCAUGGGGCAGCUGCUGGACUUCGAGCGGACCCUGGGCCUCAGCAGCCCCUGUGACAAUCGCGUGCCCAGCGAGCAGCUGUACUUCACGACGCCCACCAACCACAACCUGUUCCAGCUCAACACGCUCGAGUCCACAUGAGGCCGGGGCCCCCGUGGGAGGGGGGCGAGCAUCGCAUUCUUGCUACGGACCCGUGGGAGCGUCCCGCAGAGCGCAGCGCCCCGCACGGGGGGCCGCUGGGAACGCCCCUUCCUCUCCGCCGCGGCCAGAGAGGACUUGCUUCCCCCGGCCCCGGGGCUCCGUUCGCUGCUUUUUAAAACGGAAGAGAGGGUCCCGAGCCGGGCUCCUCGGGCGUCCUGACGGGCGCUGUCAGCGGGCAGUCACCGCAGGUGCCUUCGGCGCCGCGGCCUCCGCACCGGUCACGGGCCAGCCCCGGGACCCGGACACCACCCCGCGGGCAGGCGGGCGGCCCCGCCACCUUCCCCAAGGGCCCGAUCCGGGCGACUUUGGUUUCCUUGUUUUUUUAAAGCUACAAGCUUGAGUUUACUCUUUGGUCGAGGGGAGGGGGGCAAGCUCUGGAGCAGAGCAUCCGAACUCAUUUUAAAAGAAAAAAAGGCAUGUAAUUUUCUGACCAUGUGUACAGACAAUGGCGGGCUAUGGAAAAACCAGUAUUUUCUCCUGUUCUUCUCCGGAGGAGAGAGAGAGAGAGGAUUGUUCUCGUUUUUGUUCUGCAUUUUCUAAAGGAGAAGAAUAUCCAGGGUCUCGACUGACCAAAUGCGUUUUGCACAUAUGUGAAGCCCGGGUGUCGUCCCGGGUGUGGGGCCCUCCUUGGGAGGCUGCCCGGCUGCUGGCUGGGUCCGGAAGGCCGACGCCAUUUGUAAAUUUCUCCCUCCCCCCUUGACUCCUCUUCUGUCACCCCCCGACUCUGCACUGAUUGGAUGGAGCUGCAGACGCUUCUGAGCUUCCUUCGGGUUUGGGGGUUUGUGAAUCCGCCUCCGGGAGGGCUGGGACCGAGCCAACGGGCUCUGGACUCCGGCCCCCCGCCGGUGUCCCCACCUAACUCCCUCCCCAUUACCCUGGGGGGGCUGAGGGGCUGUUCCCUCCUCCCUCUUCUUCCACCUCUGCGUUUCCCCCAAACUGGCCGUGGCCGGACUCGGGCGACUCCCGCUGUCGGGCCGGAGCAGCUCCUGUCCUGCCGCAGCUCCUGUCCCGCCGUGCCUUCUGCCCAGAGAAGAUGUUUUUAUUCUGCCUGAAGAAGAGGGAGAGGGGUUGGGGAGGCAGCCAGAGGAGGGGAGGGAAGGGCCCGGUAUCCAUGGGGGAGGGGGCAGGUGGGGAUGGGGACAGGGAUCCUCCUUUUUGUAAUGAUGUCCGAGGGUUUGAGAGUGGGAGCCUCGGAGCAGAGGAGAAUGUGUUCACUGCAUCUUACCUCAUCGAGGGUUUUCUUUUCAGGGAAUUUUGGGGCCGUGAAUUAUAAAAACUUGUCAUGGCUGAGAGAGCUGACCAAACAGCUUCUUGGGCUGUGGAUGGUUCCUUUUUUAUUUUCGUUUUUUAAAUUCUUUUAUUUUUUAAAAAAAGAACAAACUACAUUCAACAACCCAGAAAGAUGCAUCUGACAUGCAAAUGAGGGUUUGUUAGAGAGGGCCGGUUUUGCUUUGUGAUUUAAUGAAGGAAAAUUUGUGACCCUAUAUAUAUAUAUAUACAUAUAUGUAUAUGACAUAUAUAUAUAUAUCCUGAACCAAUAAUGGGACUUUGUUUAUAUUGCAAAUAAAUAUUAUUUUUUCUUUAAUAAAAAGAA